GGUCCAAGUAAAACGGCAUGAAAAAAUAUAUUGAAAGAAGGAAGAAAAAAUAAAAAGCAGGAGCUUUAUCUGAGGCUUUUAGCAAUCGAAUCUAAAAGGGUUUGAUUUUGAAUUGGGAGUCUUUGUGAUAAACCGAAUCAAAUGGCACCACCUCCAGGUCUAUACUCCGGCACCAGCACUCUCGCUCUGGUUGCUCGGGCAUCGGCAUUCAGUUUUGGUCUUGUUUAUGGAAAUAUGAAGCUCAAAAUUCUCAAGAUGAAGGCAAAGUCGCAUAAGAAGUCUGAAGCAGCGGCACAUCACUGAGGGGGUGGUCCUAUGAUCUCUGGUUGAAAUAAAGAGCCUUGGAUCUCCAAGGAAUAGUUUUCUACUGAAUGAUCUGGGGAUUCAUUUUUGUUUUGUUCAUCUUCUGAAUGAUUAUAUGUUCCAAUGGUUUUUCCGAAUUUGAUAAAAAAGAAAUAGUCCUCUGCAUAAGAAAAACAACCAUUUUGUGAGUUAA